ACUCGCGAGAGCGGCGACGUCACGGCUCCCGCCGAGCGGAUCAGCCGCAGAGUCUCGCUCGCGCGUUCAUCGCGCGUCUUCGUGUGCCCAGGCGCCCCCGCUUCGCGCUCCACCCGCUCAGCCGAGGAGGCCAUGAUCCGCAGCCGCAGGGAGGUGGAGCGAUGCGUGUCCAGCCUGGAGCGGAGCGCGCACUCCCCACGAGAGAAAAAGCUGAAGGGCCUCCUGUUUGGAAAGCUGUACUAUGAAGCCAAGGACUUUGUGGUGGCCAGGAGGCAUGUGUCCGACUACUUGACCAUCAACGAGAAAGAUCCGAAAGCACACAAGUUCCUAGGACAGAUUUACGAAGCCGAGGGAGACAAGGUUAAAGCUGCCGGAUGCUUCAAGCGUUCACUGGAGCUGAACGGAGGCCAGAAGGAGCUGGUGCUGAAAGUGGCGGAGCUGCUGAGUGAAGGCCGCGCCCUGGAGGAUGGCAGCGCCAAGUACUGGGUGGAGCGCGCUGCAAAAGUCUUCCCCGGGAACCCCGUCGUGUUCUCGCUCAAGGAGAAGCUGCUGCGCAUGGGCGGGGAGCCUGAGGAGCUGGAGGCGCUGGUGCGGGAUGAGCUGCGCCUUCGGCCCCACGAGCCAGCGCUCAACGUGCACCUGACCAAAUUGCUGCUCGACUCGGGACGGCACUCCCUAGUGCUGCAGCACGUGCGCUCCGUGGAUGCGUCUCCCGGCCUGCGCCACGCCCUCACCUGGCAGCGAUGCGUCGUCUCCUCGCUGCAGGGAGUGGUGCGAGGGAGGGCAGAGGAGCGUGAGGAGGUGAGGCUGCGGUUGCUACUUGCGCUGCAUCACGUGGUGCGGCUGUCCCUGGGCACAAGAGACAUCGCGGAGGCAGUCGACGCUCUCAGAAGUUUUGAUGAGGAGCUAGGCACCGCCCUUGUGGAGGAGGGCGAUUGGAGCCCCGUGCUGGGUGAGCUCAAGGGACAGCUGUACCUGCACGCUGGCACCCUGCUGCUGCAGAUGGCACGGGACCGGCUGGCAAACUGGAGGGCAGUGGUGGACCAGGCUGCCCUGUGCUACAUGCUGUCCUACCAGGUUGACCGUAUCGAGCUGAAGUCCAAAAGCAGGGUGGUGACUGGGCAGGACAUGGACAGCCUCUCGUGCGACCGGCUAAGCCAGGCAGGCCACAUGCUGGUGACGCUGCGCGAGGGCAAGCCGGAGGACUACCUGGUCCAGGUGGCAGAGUCGCUGGCUGGCCCCGCUGGGCAGGAUGCCCUCGUGAAGGCCGUGUACGCGGGCCAGCCCCCACCCUGCUCGCUGCUGGCGUCGGACGAUAUCCCUCAGCAGCUGCGCACGCAUGUCCCCGACAUGCACCGGCUGCUCGACUAUGACACGGGUGCGGUGGCGGAGCAUGGCGGGGACCUGCAGCAGCUGGUGUGGCUGUCCCUGAUGUGGUACGACUCGUCCGAGCCACGGCCCGACCACCUCAAGUGGCUGUCGCCGCUAUUCCCCAAGAUGAGGCUGGAGACGGAGCGGCUGGAAUCGGACUCUGGGGAGACCACGGCUCUUUUGGAUAUGGAGGUGUUCUUGCUAGGCGUGACAUUUGCAGCGAACGCCCAGCUCGGGGAGAAGAUAGAAAAUCUGCGCCGAGCCGACGAGCCGCGACUGAGCCCACUGCCACUGUGUCGCCUUCUCAUCAGCGAUCGGCAGAGACAGUGGUGGCACGCGGUGCACAGCCUGCUCAACAGACAGGCACAGCCGGGCACGUUGGCCAAGCUGAGGCUGAGGGUCCAGCAGGAUCUGCCAGUGCUGCGCGCACACGAGCGGCACGGGCUGCAGCCGGCGCUGCUCAUCCACUGGGCCGACACCCUCGUGCGCAAGGGCAGCGCGCAGAGGAGCAAGGCGGCCCGGCGGGACUACGUGGCGCGCGGCGCCUACUACUGGGAGAGGGUGCUACCCUUGCUGCAGCUGGCGCGCAAGCACAAGGACAUCCCCGAGCCCAUCGAGCCGCUCUUCUCGCACUUCCAUAGCCGUGACAUCAAGCCACAAGAGGCCGACGCGUUCAUCGUAUCGGCAAAGUUGGCGCUCGGGACGCUGUCGCUUGUGCGAGAAGACUACGAAGAUGCGGUGAAGAGGUUUGAGGCCGUGGGGACCCCGCUGGCCUUCUGGAACUGUGCCCUGCUUUUCCAGAGCCUGGCGGAGGAUGCAGACCCCGGUGGAGAGGAGACGGAUGGCCCGAAGAGAGAGCAGUGCCGGGCGUCGCUUCGAAAGGUCGAGGGAUACCUGCUCAGGAUCAUGCACAUGCUGCCCGACCACGACUGGGACUACCCUGCGGAGGACGGCGAGCAGGCCGGAGUGAGCGUGAGCUCCGUGCGCGAUCUUCUGGAUGCCCUGCGAGCACGGCUGGAGCAGUCCCGUGACGAAACGAACGGAGACCUUUCCAACGGUGGCGACCUCGGCAACAGCAGCGCCGCCGCCUCCAUGCGGUCAUCGGCCUCGCCCGCCAAGGCCACCACCCUCACCUCCCCACUCAAGAGCAUUCUGGGCUCCCCGCGGACUUCUCCUCGUUGGGCCCAGCAGCAGACGCACCUCCUGGAGACACUGUGCCACCAAGUGCAGGGGUUGCAGAAUGUGAUGCGCGGCCUGCAAAUGGGGACGCCUGAGGGCGCGGGUGGCGUGCAGUCCCGCAUGCACAUGGUCAUGGAGGGUGGCUACCCAGCAGAGACGCUCGCCGACUCGUAUCAGGCGCCCGCCUCCUUCCAGCAGGGCGUGCCUCUCACGGUGUCGACAGGAGGAGCGUCGGCUUUUUACAACCAGUCUCCCGGCUACAACACACAGUACCUGCUACGAACCACCACGCCUGCCAAGCACCCCAACAUGUACAGCGGGAUCCCACGCCUCACACCGCAGCAACAGCAGCCGCCGCAGCAGCCACAGCCCCCCCCGCACGUCUACUCGUACCAGCAGCCCCCUGCGAGCACGCCCCCCGCACCCUCCUCGGCCCCGCGCAUCUACCCCCAGGACGUGUUCAGUGGUUCUGGCUACCCGCACGGCUCUGCUUAUGGCUACGACUCGGCAGUGUCCGGCAGCGUGCUGUCCCCCUACGGCAAUCAGUUCUACGAGCCCCCCGCCAGCAACCCGGCGCUGCCCGAGCCAGGCUUUUUCACCAUGCCCCCGGCCAACCGCGUGCCGGACGCACCCAGAGCUGUGGCGAGCCCCAGUCUGCAGGGCCAGCCGCCCGGGCAGUUGAUGCAGCAGCAGCAGCCCGCCUUCCAAUUCAGCAACAAUUUCCGGUCGGAUGACGGUGAUUAUACGUUCUCUUCGCCGGUGGGAAGGCAGGGUCCGGCUGGCUCGCUGACCACGGGUACGCCCAUCAAGAUGGAGCAACUGCCACAAACCGCCUCGUCACAUGGCAAGCCCUUUCCUCCCUCGUCCUCCCAGGCCGGGCCCCCUCUGAGUUUGUCUCAGGACACCGCUCCGUACUUCGAUGUGAAAGCGCUGUCUGGGAUGUCUUUCGCCGACCUCGCUGCACAGAGUUUGGACAAGGGAGUCGGGUUUGGCCAGACCACGGGCGGCACAAACACCUUUUCCUUCAAGGACCGGGGAAGGCCGCUCUUCCAGCAGUCCACUCCGGCAAGGGGGGAUGAUGGCAGCGAUGGUGAAGUGGACAGCGUCCUUGGGGAGGAAGAUGGGCCACACUUCGAGCCCGUUGUUCCGCUGCCGGACAAGGUGGAAGUGAAAACGGGAGAAGAGGACGAGGAGGAGCUGUACUGCAACCGUGCAAAACUAUUCCGAUUCGACGCCGACAGCAAAGAGUGGAAAGAGCGCGGAGUUGGCAAUUUUAAGAUUCUCUGUCACCACGUGUCAGGGAAGCUGCGGGUGCUGAUGCGGCGCGAGCAGGUACUGAAGAUCUGUGCGAACCACUACAUCACGGCCGAGAUGACCCUGAACCGCAAUGCCGGCUCCGACAAGUCCUGGGUUUGGCACGCACUCGAUUUUGCUGACGAAGUACCAAGGCACGAGCAGCUCGCGAUCAAGUUUAAAACGGCGGAGGAGGCGGUCGUUUUUAGAACCAAAUUUGAGGAGGCACAGCAGCUGCUGAAAAAUGUUGUGAGUGACGGUGACGAAGGUGAUAAACCUCUGGCUCUCGUGAAAGGCUCUUCUAAACAAAGCUCUUCUAAAUCAGCUCGAGCCGGAAGUCAAACUCCUGUCUUCAAGCUGAUUCCGGUGGGGUUUGGCGCUAAGUUUGAGAAAAAGGAGGGCGAGUGGGACUGCUCGGUGUGCGUGGUGAGGAACAAGCCCGAUGCUGAUGCGUGCAUCGCCUGCCUCAGCGCAAAGCCUGGAGGAGGGGACAGGCCGGGGCAGACACCUGCAGCGUUUGCACCUUCUGGCUCUGGGAGCAGCGCCUCCUUUCCCGACUUCAAAUUCAGCACUAUCUCCGCAAGAAAUGCUGUCGAGUGUCCUGGGUCUUUGGCACUUGGCUCUGUUCCCGAUUUUAGACUUGCUUCAUCAUCAAGCCUGCCUUUCAAAUCCACUCAAGAUAACAAAACACCUGCCGUGGCGUCACCUGCGGUUUCCGGCAAGGGGUUCGGUGCACAGUUCGCAAAGAAAGAAGGACAGUGGGAUUGUGAGAUCUGCGUCGUUCGGAAUGAUGGCAGCGCCACGUCGUGUGUUGCCUGUCAGACCCCCAAUCCCGGAGCCCCUCCUGAGAGCAAUACGUUCACCGAAGGCCUCCCGUCGCUCACCGGGGUGACAGCUUUUCAAUUUGGUUUACCGACAGAGAGCGACAAGCAAGGUUCCGGCUUUAUGCAAGCAGCGACCAACUUUGCUUUUGGGAUGGGCUCCGACGCAGCCACCGGAUUUAGCUUUGGUAUCGCAACUGGAAACAGUGCUGCCAGCAGCACGGCCAAAACCAUUCAGCCAGGGUCAUUUAGUUUUACCCAGGCCUCCACAACCACUCCCUCUUCGGUGGAGAGCCGCCACCAAGCUCCUGCUUUCCCGAAGCUGCUGGGAUUUGGUUCCCAGUUUUCCAAGAAAGAGGGCGAGUGGGACUGUGACACUUGUGCAGUUCGUAACAAACCUGACCUUGCCGCGUGCGCUGCCUGUCAGAUGAGAAAACCUGACGCCUCCACAAGUAUUCCACGUGUGGCAGAGAGCAGCCAAGCCUCUGCUGUCAGGAACCUGACAGGAUUUGGUUCCCAGUUUUCCAAGAAAGAGGGCGAGUGGGACUGUGAAACAUGCGCAGUUCGUAACAAGCCUCACCUUGCCGCGUGCGCUGCCUGCCAGAUGAGAAAACCGGACGCCUCCACAAGUAUUCCACGUGUGGCAGAGAGCAGCCAAGCCCCUGCCUUUGGGAACCUGAUGGGAUUUGGUUCCCAAUUUUCCAAGAAAGAGGGAGAGUGGGACUGUGACACUUGCGCAGUUCGUAACAAGCCUGACCUUGCCGCGUGUGCUGCAUGCCAGACGAGAAAACCAGGCACUGAACCAACGGAGAAACCUCCAGCACCUUUAACCGGGUUCGGACAACCCAGCUCCGGGUUUGGAUCGUCUAUGUCUGGUUUCACGUUCGGCACCUUGACUGCCAAGACUGAUGAAUCGGGCUUCAGCUUUGGUUCGUUGGCUCCUGUGGCUGGACAGGCGAGCGCUUUUAAAUUUGCCACGCAGGAGGGGAAAGAGAGGAAAGGGCCUUGCCAACCAGGGUCCGCAUCGCUCCUGCUCAAGAUUCUUGCAGAAGAUCACGAGAGAGUGGAGGUUCCCAACUCAAGUGGCCCUGUCGGAGGGCAAGGCUUCUCUGGAUCCGUUCUUGCAGAUUUUAAGCCGAUGAGCACGGACGGAUUCCAGGGCUUCUCCGGCACUUCUUUUGCUGAACUGGCGACAGCCCAGCCCCUGGAGUUUGGAAAGAACCAGUCGAGUUUUUCCAACUUUCCCAGCAUCGGGAAGGCGCUGUUUGGCGUGACUGCCGAUGCCGAUACGUCAGGACAGGAGGAUUCUAACGAAAUGUACAAGACGGAGGAAGACGACGAGAUUCAUUUUGAGCCCGUGGUGCAAAUGCCCGACAAGGUGGACCUCGUCACAGGAGAGGAGGAGGAGGAAGUGUGCUACUCUCAGCGAGCCAAGCUGUUUCGCUUCGACACGGCCAUGUCUCAGUGGAAAGAGAGGGGCGUUGGAGACAUUAAAAUCCUGCGGAACAAGCAAACAGGCAGAACUCGCAUACUGAUGCGACGCGAGCAGGUGCUGAAGGUGUGCGCCAACCACUGCAUCACCACUUCCAUGAGCCUCAAUCCCAUGAAGGGCUCCGACCGCGCUUGGGUGUGGGUGGCCAACGAUUUCUCGGAGGGGGAGCCCAAGGUCGAGCAGCUCGCCGUAAAGUUCAAGACUCCUGACGUCGGCGUCGAGUUCAAGGCGAAGUUCGAGGAGUGUCAGCGGGCCCUGUUGGACAUGCCUCUGCAGACACCGCACAAGCUUCUGCAGACGGGCAAGGCCGCGGAACUGAUCCAGAAAGCGGAGAAGAUGAAGUUUGAGCUCAAGGGCUUCAAGGAGCAAUUCUCCGCCUUGGACAACAAGUCCAAGCAGGCGGCAAGCGACGGCCAUGCCGUGGUGACGUCCACCCCGACCGGGGGCACGCCGGCGACCCUGCGGCCGGGCCCGCUGUCGGAGUGCGUUGUCCCCACGCUCGAGUGGGACGACUAUGACCUGCGCGAGGGAGCAUCCACUUGCGACACCUCUGCGGGCACCUCCCUGCUCCGAUCGCCACCGCCGCAGGCGCCCGACAAACCCGACCACGCCGCGUCGGACAAGCCGCUCUUCCGCUUCGGGGAGACGGCCGCCGGCUUCAACUUCAGCUUCCAGCCCAUCGUGAGCCCCGGCAAGACGCUGGGGGGGCACCAGCACCGGAACUCCACCAACGAGGAAAACGAGGAAGAGGAGGAGGAGGAGAGCAAGGAAGAGGAUAACCUGCACUUCGAGCCCAUCGUGCCCUUGCCCGCGCUGAUAGACGUGCGCACGGGAGAGGAGGAGGAGCAGGAGGUCUUUGUCCACCGGGCCAAGUUGUACCGCUACGACCGCGAGGCGGCGCAGUGGAAGGAGCGUGGCGUGGGCGACGUGAAGCUGCUGCAGCGGCUGGAGGACGGUCGCGGGCGGCUGCUCAUGCGGCGCGAGCAGGUGCUCAAGAUCUGUGCCAACCACUGGCUCACGGCCGACACGCGGCUCGAGCCCAUGCGUGGCUCCGACAGGGCGUGGGUGUGGAACGCCCUGGACUCGUCGGAUGGCGAGCCGCGGAUGGAGCACCUGGCGCUGAGAUUCAAGCAGCUGGAGACAGCCAUGGUGUUCCGCCAGGCGGUGCUGGACAUACAGGAGGCGCAGGAGACGAGGCAGCUUGUCCCGCCGGUGCAGUUCGCGCCGCCGACCCCCACGCGCGUGCUCUCCGUCUCCGAGUCGGCGGAACCUGCCAAAGGAACGGGGCCCGCCGCGGACAACGAGGGGGACGCCGUCACCGAGGUCGAUGAGCCGUCGUCGCCACCCCGCCCGGAAAUGGGCGUCGGCUCGGAGUCUACACGCAGCCCGGCCAAGUCGGUGAUCUCUCCCGCCAAGUUCUCGUUCGGCAUGGAAGCGCUGCAGAGCCUAUUUACGUCCGACAAGCCAGCCGCCGGUGAUGCAGGAAAACCCGUCGCUGGGUUUGACUUCAGCACCAAUAAACCAGGGCCUACUCUGGCCACGAAAUUCACUUUUGGCUCCUCUGGCAUAACCAACGACGCAUCUGGUAGUUCGCCUUUCAGUUUCCUAAAUUCUGCAGGUAAGGCGACUUUCAACUUCGAGCCUCAGCGUUCGACGAAAGAGCCGACCGCAGCGUCAAGUUUUGACUUCACGGCUUCACCGUUUUCCUUCGCACCUCCCGGCGGCGGCGACGGUAGCGAUGCGGGGAGUGAUGGUGCUCAGUCCUCGCUGGCCACCAAGAUUGUCAGCAAAGGCCUCCGAGGGGCCUCCCCGACCAUCGCGACCGGCAGUGGCAGCUGCUUUGCGUUUCACCUCCCGCAGCAAGCCACGACAAGCAGCGGUGAGGAAGAGCAAACUCGGCAGCCCAAGGUGGAAGAUUUCACGACAGAGGAGGAUGAGGAGGAGGGAGGCGAGGUGGAGGUGGUGUGGGAGCUCAUCCCCAAGGAGGAGCAGAGAGUCUUGGCGGAGUUGCUGCUGCUGCCCGCGACGUUCUUCUGCUACAAAAAUGAGCCCGGCUACACCAGCGACUCGGACGAGGAAGUUGAGGAUUUCGCCACUGCCGUCAGGAACCUGAAGGGGAAGCUCUACCUGGAGAGGGACUCUGAGCACAGGAGGCCACGUGUGGAGGCUCCACGCGGCACCACCUGUGGUGGCGACGGCGGCGUUGUCGCCGUCGAGGCAGCCGCCAACGUUCCCGAGCAAGAGCAGCGGCCGGCACAGGGGGUGGAAUCGGCGAGCCGCCCUGAAGCCUCGACUUCAGUGGAAGCCGACCCUGGCGCACGCUCAGCCACACCGCCUCACCGGGCUGCUGUGGGGGCACCCGUGGAUGUGAAGAUGACUGUGCAGGCUUCACGGCCUGGCCUCCUCCCCACCCCUCCCGCCGCAGUGGACGUGAAGGGGGAUGCUGCUUCGCUGGUGCAGGAGAGCCGCCCCCGCACGGCGGCGGUUGCGGAUGAGGAGGUCGUCUUUGCCGGUCAGCUGAGCCCCACGGAGGAGCAGCGAGUCCUGGCGCAGAACCUGCAGCUCCCACCCACCUUCUUCUGCUUCAAGAACCGGCCCGGAUACACCAGCGACUCUGGAGAGGAUACAGACGACUACGAAGAGGCUGUGAAUCGGCUGCGCGGGAAGCUGUACAAGGAGGGCAGCAGAUGCCAGGAGCAGCAACAGCAGCAGCAGGAUCAGCCGCAGGGACCCGCAGCGCAGAUGCCUGGCGUGAGAGAGAUGAAGGUGGAGCGUUGUGAAGAGGUCACCACCGUGGACCGCCCCUCGGCGUCCCCCGUUCCAGGCGGAGCCUCGCCCGCUCCCGUCGCUCCGGAAAUGUUUGCCACGACAGAGGAACCAGACAGGACGUCUCCCCGCCCCUCGUCGCCACGCGCAGCCGACACCCCGGAUGCGGGGACCCAGUCGGAGGAGAUGGAGCCAACGUCGGGGGCGCUCAAUUUUUCCACGUUGCGGUGGGGCGCCCACAUGCGUGACGGCGCGGGGAGCGGAAGCUCCUGGGCACUCCCGCCCAUCUCCACAGUUGACACGCCGUCAUCCUCGUUUGCCUCUCUGGCCUCGCAGGCCGCGACUGAAGCCUUCGUGCACAGUUCUGGAGAAACCCUGCAGUCGUUUGCUUCCCUUGCCACGCAGACGAGCGCGGCGAGCGCGGUGAGUGCGGAGACCCCAUUCGGCACAACCACAGGUGACGCGCGCUUGCUCUUUGAGUGCCCCAGGGGAAGUGGGCUCAGCUUUUCCGACCUCGCUUCCAAGAGCUCGGACUUUCUCUCCGAUAAGAAAGACGCAAACUUCUCGUGGGUGGGCGCCGGAGCGUCCGUGUUCGGGGCCGCGGGGACCCAGAAGAAGCGCGAUGGGGGGAAGGAAGAAGACGAGGGGGGCGAGGAUGAGCAAGAGGAGGACGACGCUCGCGAGUCCAGCGAUGACAUCCACUUUGAGCCACUCGUCUCGCUGCCUGAGGUGGAGGUGCGGUCGGGCGAGGAGGAGGAGACGAUCCUCUACAAGGAGCGUGCCAAGCUCUUCCGCUGGGACCGCGAUGCCGCCACGUGGAAGGAACGUGGCGUGGGCGACAUCAAGGUGCUGCACCACGAAGCUCGGGGCGGCUUCCGGGUGCUGAUGCGGCGCGAGCAGGUGUACAAGGUGUGCGUCAACCACGCCAUCACGGCCGAGCUGCAGCUCACGCCCAUGCAGGCCUCCAACAACGCCUUCGUGUGGAUCGCCAACGACUACUCCGAGGGCACCGGGAGGAUGGAGCAGUUUGCCUGCAGGUUCAAGACUCCGGAGCAAGCGAGAAUCUUCCUGGUGACGGUGCACGAUUGCCAGGAGCGGCUGAAGACUCAGUGUCAAGCGGCGGACGCCCCCCCCGGCGCUACAACGGAAGACACCCCCCUGGAGGUGUCCAGUGAGACCAACCCCACGGUGUUCCUCGACGUGGCGGCCGACGACGAGCCGCUGGGACGGAUCUCCAUCGAGCUCUUCGCCAACGUCGUGCCACGCACUGCCGAGAACUUCCGAGCGCUGUGCACGCAUGAGCACGGCUUCGGAUACCGCAACUCCACCAUCCACAGGGUCAUCCCCGGUUUUAUGUGCCAGGGUGGAGACUUCACGAACCACAACGGCACCGGCGGCCGCUCCAUCUACGAGAAGCCGUUCGAGGACGAGAGCUUCAAGAUUCUGCACUCGCGCGCCGGCAUCCUAUCCAUGGCCAACUCGGGCCGCAACACCAACACGUCACAGUUCUUUAUCACGCUGCGUGCCACCUCGCACCUCGAUCACAAGCACGUGGCUUUCGGCGCCGUGCGGUCCGGCAUGAGCAUCGUGCGCGCCAUGGAGGAGCUCGGCUCUCAGUCGGGCAACACCACCAAGAAGAUCGUCGUCACGGACAGCGGGGAGGUCGCGCGUGACCCCUGAGGGUCUCGUCGCGUGACACCCAGUUGACAGCGCGUGAACUUGCUGUCUCGCUCUCGUCUGUAGAACCUCUUAUUUAAAAUAAGUUUCCUGCAAAUGUCGCGGGCUGCACCCCAGCACCCACCACCGUAACGGAACAAGUGAGAUCGCUGCGCCUUGUAUUUCCUGCUGCUCGUGUGGCUGCAGAUGUUUCACUGAAGGCAAACGUGUUAUCAGCGCACCAAGUUAUAUCGUGUUAGUUGGCUACAAUAUUUCGGGACUCAAAAGGAUGCAGAGAAUAGGGUUGUGCCUAAACGCUAAGAAGUUAAAUCCACCACUGUGAAUUACCUAGUUUUUUUCGCUGGCGAUGAAUAUUUGAGCAGAGCCGGCUAACCGCCGAGGUGACCAUGACCCUGAGAGCCGUUCUUUGAGCAGCUGGGUCGUACAGCUCUGUGUGCGGUGGGACAUUAAAAAAGCUCCCGAGUAAAUUUGCUAAAGUUCAGAAGUGAUGAAAGGUAGAAGCCUUGAAGCUCCUCAUUAACACGAGCAGGGUGCACUGCUGUCAUGUUUUCCUUGUCUGCCCUGCAAUUCCUGUUGUCCCAAAGUCUUUAGCUCGAUUUGUAGCGUUGAUUAAAAUUGAAAUUUAAUAUUUUGGUAAAUCAAAAAUGAGGUUUGUGCUUCUGGCAUGUUCAUUGUGGAAAUAUGGGAACUGGUUGUGAGCUCCUGAGCGCUUUGUGUGCAAUUUCCUUCAUCGGCUCGGCUGCACACAUCAGUGGUGACUUGCGCCCUUUGUAGUAAUUAGUGGAAUCCAUGGAAGCACAACGAUGUGUUGAUGAACAUAAUUGAUUUUCGGUGUGCUCGUUUUUUGGCGUUUCGAUAUGUUUAUGUGAAAGCCUUGUUUUUUCUCAGUUGUGCCAGAGGUAAUGGAGGGAGUAGGUGCCCCUGUGCUUGUGAUGGUGGCGAUGGCGGGAGACUUGGAGCUGCUCUCGCGGCCAUGACGCUGCGGGGGCGACGUGGUAGGACGAGCGUGCCCGGGUCCAUCGCCUGUUGUGCCGGCAGCGCCAGCAUUGGGCCUGAAAUCACGAGGGGUGUCGGCCGUGCGGGGUUUGUCUCUGUUGAGUUACGUGCGUGAUCCUAGCUCGACGUCGACCCCUCCAUGUGGUCCGUGCCUCUGGAUAUCCGUGGACAAAAAUAUCGCGUUCCUUCAGCUGUGGCUGCAUGUGAAUGCCCGGACAUCCAUUGGUCACGGAUGCAUGACCUAAACAGAGGAGUGAAAGUCACUUGUCCCUCCCCAAAUAUUGCGCUGCCCGUGCAGGCUCGGCCGCUGUAUCGAGAUUUGCGCAAGCUUGGAUGAGUUCAAGGCACGUGCCUGGCCGUGAGCACCCAGUGGUGCUGCGCUCAAGUGGAAACGCACCGAGCAGCGCUCGGUGGAGGAACGAACGCACCCCAUCACACCCUUCAAAUACGGCGGCACACUCCAUUGAAGCUGCUAUGCCUGCUAGAUAGCGUAAACCACGUUAGAUCCUUUGAUGCUGUUAAAUUUACACUUACGCAAUUUAAUGUGACGUAAAUGACAAUGUAAAAUAUGCGUGCCCUCCCCCCCAUGAGGCUUUGGAUUAUGGGGGUUGAGAGGACACCGAUCUGUUUGAAUUUGGCAGUGAAGUUGGUGUCGCGCGUGCACCGAAAUUACCAUGCACGCACGGCUUAUCUUUAUUCACAGACUACCUCUCGCUGCGUCCUAGUUGACACGGAACUCCAGUGUGUCCAAUGCUAGCAGGUUUGGCGGCUUUGACUGGGCAGAGCGUUCGUACGUCUGCGCAUUUGGCUGUUGAGUGUUUUGAUAUUUAGUAAGGAAUAAAGCCGAUAUUGCUAGUU